AUGGGCAGAUUGGAUAUAAAUAUGCAACCGUCCAACUCAACCGAAUUGAAUUCCAUCAAGAUUCAAAUUGAUGAAAACUCGAACGACGAAGGACUUCACAGCAAAUCGCUGGAAGACAUUGCUUCUUGUUCUUCGUCCAUUCUUAACUCUCCAAAUCAUGACACCCUUGAUGAAGAGAUGAGCGGUGAGGAUGACAAAAUAAAUAUCACCAUCAAAGAAAUUCGCCAAGGAAUGAGUGAUACUAAUCGGAUGGAGUCUUUGGUCGAACGCCAGACGAAGACAUUCGACAAAUCGAACAACAAAAUGAGUGGAGCGACGAGGAGGCGCAUGAAAAGAUUCAUUCAACGAGGCUAUGACAAACAACAAGCCCGUGAAAUGGCUCUUGAGAAGCCUCCAUCUGAUGUUCCGGCGAAAAGACCUAGCAAUGCAAUGGACUUGAGUGGCUCUAGUGACGGUAAACCUGAACCAAAGCGAAUUAAGGACACUUGCAAAGCUAGGCCGUAUAACGCUGGAAUAGGAAAAACUUUCUCGUUACCCACUGGUUCAAAAUCUGCGAACCAAAGCGAUGUAACCAUUCGUGUGAAGGUGGGAAUACUCCCAAAAAACUAUCCAGUAGUUGAGCUAAGCACAGAUCAACAAAAUCUUAUUGAAGAUGCAAUUUUUGAUGCUGUUCUACUUCAGCGGAAAGAACAACUGAAACCAAAAUUUGCCAAUUGCACCUACAAACCAGGGUACAUGAUUAUCAACUGUCUCGACAAACCUACGUCUGAGUGGUUGAUGAAAUUGGUCCCUUCCCUAGUUCCGUGGAAAGACGCGGAGCUUCUGGCUGUCGAUGAGAGCAACAUUCCAAAGCCAGACAUUCUUGUUACAAUCUUUCCGAAGAGUGUAAAAUACGAUAACAACAUAAUUAAAGCGCUUAUAGAGAGCCAAAAUAACAACAUCAACACUGACGCGUGGAGAAUCCUAAAACGCUCAGUGAUCAAUAAUUUGCACAUCGAGUGGGCACUCACGGUCGACGGAGCAUCAAUGAAGACGCUAGUUAACCGAGGCAUGACCAUCAAUUAUAAAUUUGGGCAAAUUUCGUUCAGAAAAUCAAAUAGAAGUUCAGGCAAACCCAAAACAAAAGACCCAGAGGUCUCUGAUGAAGGGAAGAAUCCAAACUCUGGACAAACGGGCUCCACUUGUUCAGACCUAGAGGGCAAAACCAAAGGCGUCAAAUGCGUCAGCGAGGGAGAGUUCAAGCACUUCAUCAAGAAGACCUGA